CCAGCAGCUGUGCAGCGGCAGUGUGCCUAUGCAGACAGGGAGAGUGAGCGGCACAGGGUGUUUCCACCAUGGUCUUCACUCAGGCCCGGGCUGAAGUCAGGGGCCACCUCCAGAUACGCAGCCUCCUGGCCCGGCAGUGCCUGGCAGAGUUUCUGGGUGUGUUUGUGCUCAUGCUCCUCACCCAAGGAGCUGUGGCCCAGGCUGUCACCAGUGGAGAAGCCAAAGGCAACUUCUUCACCAUGUUUCUGGCUGGCUCUCUGUCCGUCACGAUAGCCAUCUACGUGGGUGGUAAUGUCUCAGGGGCCCACCUGAAUCCAGCCUUCUCCCUGGCCAUGUGCCUCCUUGGACGCCUCCCCUGGGUCAAGCUCCCUAUUUACAUCUUGGUGCAGUUGCUGUCUGCUUUCUGUGCUUCAGGAGCCACCUAUGUUCUCUACUACGAUGCCCUGCAGAACUAUACAGGUGGGAAUCUGACAGUGACUGGCCCCAAGGAGACAGCCUCUAUUUUUGCCACCUAUCCUGCCCCCUAUCUGUCCCUGAACAAUGGCUUCCUGGAUCAGGUUCUGGGCACCGGGGUGCUGAUCGUGGGGCUCUUGGCCAUCCUGGACAGACAGAACAAGGGAGUCCCUGCGGGUCUGGAGCCUGUGGUGGUGGGGAUGCUGGUCUUGGCCAUCGGGUUAUCCAUGGGUGCCAACUGCGGGACUCCACUCAACCCGGCGCGGGACCUGGGCCCACGUCUCUUCACCUACGUGGCUGGCUGGGGUCCUGAAGUCUUCAGGGUCUCCCAUGGGAUUGCUGGGACCUUGCUGGGUGAGAUGGCACUGUGUGCAAAAAAGCGCCCCCCAGAAGAAGAAAGGAGGGCGCGGGCUAAUGACCGAGAAUACAAUGAGAAAUUCCAGUAUGCGAGUAACUGCAUCAAGACCUCCAAGUACAAUAUUCUCACCUUCCUGCCUGUCAACCUCUUUGAGCAGUUCCAGGAAGUUGCCAAUACCUACUUCCUGUUCCUCCUCAUUCUGCAGCUGAUCCCACAGAUCUCUUCCCUGUCCUGGUUCACCACCAUUGUGCCUUUGGUUCUUGUCCUCACCAUCACAGCUGUUAAAGAUGCCACUGAUGACUAUUUCCGCCACAAGAGUGACAACCAGGUGAAUAACCGCCAGUCUCAGGUGCUGAUCAAUGGAAUCCUCCAGCAGGAGCAGUGGAUGAAUGUCUGUGUUGGUGAUAUUAUCAAGCUAGAAAAUAACCAGUUUGUGGCGGCGGAUCUCCUCCUCCUUUCCAGCAGUGAGCCCCAUGGGCUGUGUUACAUAGAGACAGCAGAACUGGAUGGCGAGACCAACAUGAAAGUACGUCAGGCGAUUCCAAUCACUUCAGAACUGGGAGACAUCAGUAAGCUUGCCAAGUUUGAUGGUGAAGUGAUCUGUGAACCUCCCAACAACAAACUGGACAAAUUCAGUGGAACCCUCUACUGGAAGGAAGACAAGUUCCCCCUGAGCAACCAGAACAUGCUGCUGCGGGGCUGUGUGCUGCGAAACACCGAGUGGUGCUUUGGGCUGGUCAUCUUUGCAGGUCCCGACACUAAGCUGAUGCAAAACAGUGGCAGAACAAAGUUCAAAAGAACGAGUAUUGAUCGCCUGAUGAACACCCUGGUGCUCUGGAUCUUUGGAUUCCUGGUUUGCAUGGGGGUGAUCCUGGCCAUUGGCAAUGCCAUCUGGGAGCACGAGGUGGGGACGCGCUUCCAGGUCUACCUGCCCUGGGAUGAGGCAGUGGACAGUGCCUUUUUCUCUGGCUUCCUCUCCUUCUGGUCCUACAUCAUCAUCCUCAACACCGUUGUGCCCAUUUCACUCUAUGUCAGUGUGGAGGUCAUCCGUCUGGGCCACAGCUACUUCAUCAAUUGGGAUAAGAAAAUGUUCUGCAUGAAGAAGCGGACGCCCGCAGAAGCCCGCACCACCACGCUAAACGAGGAGCUGGGCCAGGUGGAGUACAUCUUCUCCGACAAGACAGGCACCCUCACCCAGAACAUCAUGGUCUUCAACAAGUGCUCCAUCUAUGGCCGCAGCUAUGGUGACGUGUUUGAUGUCCUGGGACACAAAGCUGAAUUGGGAGAGAAGCCAGAACCUGUCGACUUCUCCUUCAAUCCUCUGGCUGACAAGAAGUUCUUAUUUUGGGACCCCAGCCUCCUGGAGGCUGUCAAGAUCGGGGACCCCCACACGCAUGAGUUCUUCCGCCUCCUUUCCCUGUGUCAUACUGUCAUGUCGGAAGAAAAGAACGAAGGAGAGCUGUACUACAAAGCUCAGUCCCCAGAUGAGGGGGCCCUGGUCACUGCAGCCAGGAACUUUGGUUUUGUAUUCCGCUCUCGCACCCCCAAAACGAUCACCGUCCAUGAGAUGGGCACAGCCAUCACCUACCAGCUGCUGGCCAUCUUGGACUUCAACAACAUCCGCAAGCGGAUGUCAGUCAUAGUGCGGAAUCCAGAGGGGAAGAUCCGACUCUACUGCAAAGGGGCUGACACUAUCCUGCUCGACAGACUGCACCACUCCACUCAGGAGCUGCUCAACACCACCAUGGACCACCUUAAUGAGUACGCAGGGGAAGGGCUGAGGACCCUGGUGCUGGCCUACAGGGACCUGGAUGAAGAGUACUAUGAGGAGUGGGCUGAGCGACGCCUCCAGGCCAGCCUGGCCCAGGACAGCCGGGAGGACAGGCUGGCUAGCAUCUACGAGGAGGUCGAGAACAACAUGAUGCUCCUGGGUGCAACGGCCAUUGAGGACAAGCUUCAGCAAGGCGUUCCAGAGACCAUUGCCCUCCUGACGCUGGCCAACAUCAAGAUUUGGGUGCUAACCGGAGACAAGCAAGAGACGGCUGUGAACAUCGGCUAUUCCUGCAAGAUGCUGACGGACGACAUGACCGAAGUGUUCAUAGUCACCGGCCAUACUGUCCUGGAGGUGCGGGAGGAGCUCAGGAAAGCCCGGGAGAAGAUGAUGGACUCAUCCCGCUCCGUAGGCAACGGCUUCACCUAUCAGGAGAAACUUUCUUCUUCCAAGCUAACUUCUGACCUGGAGGCUGUUGCUGGGGAGUACGCCCUGGUCAUCAAUGGUCACAGCCUGGCCCAUGCGCUGGAGGCGGACAUGGAGCUGGAGUUUCUGGAGACAGCGUGUGCCUGCAAAGCUGUCAUCUGCUGCCGCGUGACCCCCUUGCAGAAGGCACAGGUGGUGGAACUGGUCAAGAAGUACAAGAAGGCUGUGACGCUUGCCAUUGGAGAUGGAGCCAAUGAUGUCAGCAUGAUCAAAACUGCUCACAUUGGUGUGGGCAUCAGUGGGCAGGAAGGGAUCCAGGCUGUCCUGGCCUCCGAUUACUCCUUCUCCCAGUUCAAGUUCCUGCAGCGCCUCCUGCUGGUGCAUGGGCGCUGGUCCUACCUGAGAAUGUGCAAGUUUCUUUGCUAUUUCUUCUACAAAAACUUUGCUUUCACCAUGGUCCACUUCUGGUUUGGCUUCUUCUGCGGCUUCUCAGCCCAGACCGUCUAUGACCAGUAUUUCAUCACCCUGUAUAACAUCGUAUACACCUCCCUGCCAGUCCUGGCUAUGGGGGUGUUUGAUCAGGAUGUCCCCGAGCAGCGGAGCAUGGAGUACCCUAAGCUGUAUGAGCCGGGCCAGCUGAACCUUCUCUUCAACAAGCGGGAGUUCUUCAUCUGCAUCGCCCAGGGCAUCUACACCUCCGUGCUCAUGUUCUUCAUUCCCUACGGGGUGUUUGCUGAGGCCACCCGGGAUGAUGGCACCCAGCUGGCUGACUACCAGUCCUUUGCAGUCACUGUGGCCACGUCACUGGUCAUCGUGGUUAGUGUGCAGAUAGGGCUGGACACAGGCUACUGGACGGCCAUCAACCACUUCUUCAUCUGGGGCAGCCUUGCUGUUUACUUUGCCAUCCUCUUUGCCAUGCACAGCAAUGGGCUCUUCGACAUGUUUCCCAACCAGUUCCGGUUUGUGGGGAAUGCCCAGAACACCUUGGCCCAGCCCACUGUGUGGCUGACCAUCGUGCUCACCACGGUCGUCUGCAUUAUGCCUGUGGUUGCCUUUCGAUUCCUCAGGCUCAACCUGAAGCCAGAUCUCUCCGACACGGUCCGCUACACCCAGCUGGUGAGGAAGAAGCAGAAGGCCCAGCACCGCUGCAUGCGGCGGGUUGGCCGCACAGGCUCCCGGCGCUCUGGCUAUGCUUUCUCCCACCAGGAGGGCUUUGGGGAGCUCAUCAUGUCUGGCAAGAACAUGCGGCUGAGCUCCCUUGCGCUCUCCAGCUUUACCACCCGCUCCAGCUCCAGCUGGAUUGAGAGCCUGCGCAGGAAGAAGAGUGACAGUGCCAGUAGCCCCAGUGGCGGUGCCGACAAGCCCCUCAAGGGCUGAAGGCCAAGGAUGGAUGCCCUGUGCCAGUGACCAGAGCACCCAGGGCUGGCCAGUCACUGAGGGAACAGCGUCUCGAAACUGCUGGUCCUCAUUCCUUGCCUCCCGUCCCCCCGGUAGACUCUGUCCUGUUGGUCCCACCACGUGUGGCUGGGGCAUCCAUCCCCAGCUGCAGGCCCUUCUACCUGCUGGGGAGCUAGAGGAAGCAGGCCCAAGGGCAGAGCAGAGGCUGAGGCACGGGGAGCCAGCCCCGGUCGGGGAUCAGAUGUGGAACCAAAAACGAGAAAAAACUGUGAGAGAUUGCGUCUGCCCCUGCCCAGCCUGGGACCCACAGGGAGACUAUAAUCUCCUUAUUUUUUUACUCCUACUCCCCAGAGGGGCCCUAGUGCCCCUGUUCCUGAAUUACACAAGAAUGUACCAUGCCGGGAAGCCAGAGACCUGCAGGGGCCUCGGCCCCUCACAUCGUGUAUGUCUCUCCUUGAUUUGUGUUGUGUCCAGUUUGGUUUUGUCUUUUUCAUUUGGCAAGUGGAGGAGGGCUUUAUGUGACUUUUAUGUUGUGGUUGGUGUCUUAACUCCUGGGAAGAGGAGGCUGGCACAUGCUGGGAUGCUGCAGCCUGGCGGGCCAUGGGGCGGUUCGGGAGGAUCCGCAUUGGCGCUCUCUGCAGUGGCCAGUGCUCUGUGGGACAGAGGAGCUGACCAGGGAGGGAGGUGCCCGUCAGCAGAGGGUGGUGGGAAGGGCAAAAGAGGGUUUGGUCCUGUCUCCUUCCUCACCUUGAGCGUAUAGUGCCGCCCUCUGCCCCCAACACACAUGUAUCAGUUCCUGGAUUCCUUAGUCCUGCUGGCCUUGGGCUGGAGCCUGGGAAAGUAGCCCCCAAAUCCUUAGUGAGCUAAAGCUGCGUCUGAAAUUUGGUUGGUGGGGAGGGGUAGUUUUCUUUAAUGUUAAAUUUAAACCCAAGUUUAUUGGCAGACUCCUUUUAACCUCCCUUUGACUCCCCAUCUGGUGCUUUCUUGCACCUAAACCCCAGGGCCCUUUGCCUGAGAUGAGGCUGGAAGGGGAUUUGGCCUUUCUUCUCCCUUCUCCCAGAAGCAAGGAGCCCCGCCCCUCAGGCCCAGCAUCUGGCAAGAGGUGGUGGAGUCCUUGUACUGGGUGGUAGAGGAGGAGAAGGGCACAGCCAGGCCCAGGCCAGCACCUGGCUUGGACUGGAUGGGACACAGUCAGAGUCCGGCCACAGCAUGUCCUUUACAUCGUCCACACCUAUGAAGCUAUUCCCUAAAUAAGGCGAUUCCCAAGUUAGUCGCUACCUAAUCAGCCUUGAGAAGAAUCCUUUCCUCUUUUUUUUGGUAGUGGGUCAGGGGAUACUUCAGGAAUGGCGUGGAGCUGGGAGUGGGUAGGGGGAUUUUAAAUGUUCCAUGUGGGAGCCCCAAAGGAACUGGAGGGGCUGCAGUGAGGUGGGGAUGGGUGGGCAGGGAGUGGGAGAGGGAAGUCUUGGCAGGGAAAUCCCUUUUGGCCGCACAGUUUACAAACCCAGUAUCAUGUCUGUCUGUGUGUCUCUCAAGGUGAGAGUCUGAUUUUUAUACCAAAGAGGAAAUGAUUUUUUUUCAUAUUUUGUUUGUCUAUAUUAUAUAAAUAUAUAUAUAUACAGUUAUAUAUAUAUAUAUUAUUUUUUGGUUCUCUCUCGUUUUUUAGGGAGGGAAGAAAGUACCAAGUUGCAUUGAGCUGUAAUUAAGGAACAUUAUAAUUUAUGACACAUUUCUAUACUUGCAAAAAUUAUAUCAUUUUAUGGAUAUAAGAGAAAAAUGCCUUUUUAUAAAAUUUCAAUUUCUGAGAA